UAUUGUGUAAUAUGGGCUUCGGUGAAAUGUUGUGAGCCGUAAACACUUUAGUAAUAGUUUUACAAAGUUAUAUAUCUUAAACAAUUUAGUCAUAUUUUUGAGUUAAUUCAUAUAUUAACCUACUGUUUUUUGUUUACUUUUUGAAAUUUUUUUAUUUUUUACAAUAGUUUUCUAUGAAUUAUUAUUAAUUUUAUGAUAUUUUUGUCUUUUUGAAAAAUUUUAUAUAGCAAAUUAAUAUAUACUAUAUUACAGUUUAUGUUUUUAUUUUCAUCGCAAAGAAACAACAACCACAAAUUGCAAAAAAAUAUUGUAGUUCACUUUAUUUUAUAUAAAAACUAAUAUGUCAAUUAUUUAAAGAAUUGGGUUAGAUUAUUUUAUAUAAAAAUGAAUAAAAAUCUAAAUUGGAAUGUUAGAUUCAUAGAGAAACACAUUAGAUUAAUUUUUUACAUGUAAUUAUUUUUGGAAAAUUAUGAUUUCAAAUCAAUUAAGCAUAACUGAGUAUAUUCUUUUUUCAGAUCCGAAAACAUCUAUAUUAAUAAAUUAAGUGCUUUUUAUUUCUUUUUUAUUAUAAUUAAUUAAUUUUAAUAUUUGAUUUUAAAUGAAGUGGUAAAAUCUGUAAAUAAGAAAAAAUACAAAAAGAAGUAAUUAAUUUAUUAUCAAUGUAAAAGCUAAAUGUACAAAUAAAAGAAAAUAUUUAAUCUAAUAUCCAUGUUUACAAACAAUCUUCAAUUAUUCUACUAUAUUUGUUUCCAGACAUUUCAAUUUUGUACUCCGGUUUUAAUGGUAUUGAUAGAUGAUAGAUAUAAGAUACUCCCUCCGUUCCCGAAAGUAAGAUUUUCUAUAUUUUAUUCUUGUUCCACAAAGAUAGAUUUUCUAUUUUUUGAAUGUACUUUUGUAUACUUUUAAGAAACAUUAAUUGUGAAUAUUUGAAUUGAUUAAAUUUGAUUGGUGGAUAGUUGUUGGAAAGUGUAUAAAAAAAUAAAUAGUAAACCAAAAUGUAAAUACUUAUUAAAUUCUUAAUAUACGUGAAAACUCUAGAAAAUCCUUCUUUCGGGAACGGGGAGAGUAUCUAACAGUUUUUCCAAAAAAAACAGAACUAAAGAGAUUAUUUAAUCAAACAAAUAAAUACUUCUAUAAACGAAUGAGGAGUCAGAAGCGAUUCACAUUCCUCUCGUUGCGACUCCUAGAGUCAUAGACGCCUAUAAAACUGCGCCUGCGCUGUUGUCAAUGCAUUCCUUUUCAAAGCGACUCCUAGGGGCUAGGGUUAAGUACUUCACCAUUUUGAUCUUCUAAUCAUCCAUCACCUGUUUAGUCUCUGACUCUCUGUUCGUUUUGUCUGACGUUUGUAAAAGAAAAUAAACUGUUAAGAAUGUUCUUCUAUAAUGUAGCUUUACUAUUAGUAUUCUGGUUUUAUUGUUUGAGUUAGAAACUUGUGUGUUUAGGAACAUCUUCAAGAUCAAAUGGAGAAGCAACCUGGUAAGCAGAUUACUUGGGUGAUCAAAAACUUCUCAACUUUGCAAUCCAAGAGAGUACAGUCUGAUAUAUUCGUGGUGGAUCUUUGCAGAUGGCAGAUAUUGGCCUAUCCCAAGGGAAAUGAUAAGGCUAAUCAUUUCUCUCUGUAUCUCGCCGUUGCUGGUUCUGAAUAUUUGCCUCUUGGAUGGAAAAGCCACGCUAAAUUUUCCCUUACUGUAGUAAAUCAGUUUUCGGAAAAACUGUCCCAACUUAGAGAGACGCAACAUUGGUUUGAUAAGACAAAUCCUGACUGGGGGUUUUCAGAAAUGAUUUCCCUUGACGAACUUCAUGACAAAGAAGGAUUUCUAGUUAAUGGAGAAGUAAAGAUUGUUGUGAAGGUUGAUGUUCUUGAAGUUCAAGGUAAAGUAGAUGUAUCAAAGGAAUCUUCACCAGUAAUGGAAACCAUAGAUAUCAAUGGGUUUCAAGUCCUUCCUUGGCAGGUAGAAUCUGUGAACCGUUUGUUUGAAAAACACCAAGAUAUUGCAUCAAAAUUUCGUCCAAAGAAUCCAUAUCUAAAGACGGCGUACAUGAAUGUCCUCCUAAGCUUAACCCAGACGAUAUGUCAUUCGCCUUGGGAAAUCUCCAAUGAUGAUUUGGCAGAGGAAUAUGCUGCUCUAUCAUACUUGUCAGCUGAGGGGUUUCAGUUGGAUUGGCUGGAGAAGAAACUUGAUGAAGUUAAGGAAAAGAAGAAGAAAGAAAAAGUAUGUUUAGCUCAGCUUCAAGAAAUGGAGGAAGAACUAAAGCCAUUGAAGCGGAAGUGUUCAGAAAUGGAAGCUCAAAUGGACAAGGUGAAGGCUGAGUUGUCUGCAGCUAAAUAUCCUGUCUCCUUGUACGAUUAAGACGUUGUCUGAAGAUUUAAGUUCUUAGGGUACUUGGAUUUAAAUUCUCGUAGGUGUUCCGGUUUGUUUGCUUGCAUCUUGAUUUCUAAUGAGCUCUCUCAAAAUUAAGAACACUUGGAUUUAGAUUAUUACUCCUUAAUUUUAUUUCUAAUCAACAAAAUAUUGAUGAGAAACAU